AUGACCAUUGUUUUGUUGCCACCUUUGCCCAGCACUGCUUCCAGACUCCUGGGAAUUGAGUUUCCAUUCUUCUGUUGUCUCAGUCGCUGAGCUGAACACAUGAUUUCUAGCACAAGAGAAAAGAUAUGGCUGUUUCUUGCUGUGAUAUAUUUGUUUCAGGAAAUUACUUAUUCAGAACUUAGCAGAAUGAAGGGAGCUGUGGAUCCUGAAGCGUUUAAGAAUAUUAAUGAGCUCAUUACCUACAAAGGAUAUCCUAGUGAGGAGUAUGAGGUGACGACAGAAGAUGGUUAUAUCAUUACCAUUAACAGAAUCCCUUAUGGUACACAGAAUCAGGGAAAUCCAGCUUUGAAACCUGCUGUAUUUCUCCAACAUGGAUUAUCGGGAGAUGCUAGUAACUGGGUCACAAGCCUGCCCAGCAACAGCUUGGGCUUCAUGCUAGCUGAUGCUGGCUUUGACGUUUGGAUGGGAAAUAGCAGAGGGAAUCGCUGGUCCAGAAAUCAUCAAAAUUAUUCCAUUGAUCAAGAUGAAUUCUGGGCUUUCAGUUUUGAUGAGAUGGCAAAGUUUGACCUUCCAGCAGCAAUAAAUUUUAUUGUGAAGAAAACAGGACAGGAGAAGUUGUACUAUAUUGGCUAUUCACAAGGUACUACCAUUGCUUUCAUUGCAUUCUCAACAAUACCAGAGCUAGCUCAAAAAAUCAAACUCCAUUUUGCAUUGGCACCUGUCACUACUAUUAAGUAUGCUAAAAGCCCAGCAACAAAACUCCUCUACCUUCCCGAAAAAUUGCUCAGGAGUUUGCUUGGCAAAAGAGAAUUCCUUCCCCAGAUUGAAUGUCUAAGAAGGCUAAUAGUCCCUGUCUGCAGCCACCAAGCUUUUGCUAGGCUUUGUAGAAGUGUCUUCUUCAGUCUGGGUGGCUGUAACCUGAUAAAUAUUGACAUGAACCGAAUCAGUGUUUAUAUCGCACAAACCUCUGCUGGAACUUCUGUCCAGAACAUAGUUCACUGGAGUCAGAAAACCCCAAAUACAUUUGUAAAGUUUGCUGUGCUAUACUGGAUGUUCAUUCCUAUGCUGCUUCAUGUUUUCCAGGCUACUCCUCCUCUUUACAAUAUAGAAGAGAUGACUGUACCAACCGCAGUAUGGACUGGGGGACAAGACUUGCUCGCAGAUCCCAAGGAUGCAGACAUUUUACUGUCUCAAAUUAAGAGGGUCAUCUAUCACAAGAGGAUUCCUGAAUGGGCACACCUGGAUUUCAUCUGGGGAUUGGAUGCACCUUUGUGCAUGUACAAUGAAAUUAUUGAUCUGAUGCAGAAAUAUCUUUAA